AUGUCGCAUACCCCUAACGUUGGCACGUCCACCCGCUCUCUGCACGCGGACGACGUGCUCAAUGUCGUGUCCGAUGUGGCUCCUCCGAUGCAUCUGUCCACCACCUUCCGCUACUCCGAUGAUCCCUCCGCGCUUAUCCCUGCAGCUGAUCUCAACAGUUCCGACAUCGAUCCUACAAACCACAUCUACUCACGCGCCUCCUGCCCAAACCCAACCCGCUUCGAAACAAUCCUCUCAGCCCUCCUAAAUGGAAAAGCAAUCUCCUACUCCUCCGGCCUCUCCGCCCUCCACGCAGCCCUCACCCUUCUCAACCCCCGCCGCAUCUCCGUCGGCGAAGGCUACCACGGCUGCCACGGCGUAAUCGCCCUCUUCACCCGCCUGACCGGCCUCCAAAAGCUCGACCUGGACUGCAGUCCCGACCAACUCGAGAAGGGCGACCUCAUCCUCCUCGAAACACCCCUCAACCCCAAAGGAACAGCCUUCGACAUCGCCGCCUACGCAGAGAAAGCCCACUCGCGCGGCGCAUACCUCAUCGUCGAUUCCACCUUCGCCCCGCCAGGCUUACAAGACCCCUUCCUCUUCGGCGCCGAUCUAGUCAUGCACUCCGGCUCCAAGUAUUUCGGCGGCCACAGCGACCUGCUCUGCGGCGUCCUCGCCACACAGCGCGAUGACUGGGCAUCCCAACUCUUCCAGGACCGCGUUUUCCUCGGCUCCGUGAUGGGAAACAUGGAAUCAUGGCUCGGCGUGCGCAGUCUGCGCACACUGGAAGUCCGUGUCCAGCGCCAGUGUCAGAAUACAGCCCGUCUUGUGGCGUGGUUACACGCCGCGCUGCACGCGCCGACUCCCGCCCCGGCCUCGGACGAAGAUGCCGUGCAGGCUGUCCUGCAGGAGGUUUUCCAUGCGUCUGUGCAAGAGACGGAAGGUGACUGGUUGGCCAAGCAGAUGCCUAAUGGGUUUGGGCCGGUGUUUUCGAUUACUAUGAAGGAGGAGAGAUUGGCGAGGGAGUUGCCGGGGAGAUUGAGCUUUUUUCAGCAUGCGACUAGUUUGGGUGGCGUGGAGACGCUUAUUGAGUGGAGGACGUUGUCGGAUAAGAGUGUUGAUCGGAGGUUGUUGCGGGUUAGUGUGGGGUUGGAGAAUUGGGAGGAUUUGAGGGAUGAUUUGGUGAGGGCUUUUAGGGGGUUGGCUGGGUUGUAG